GGGAGGAAGAGGUAGGAGGGGAGGAGAAGGUGGAGGGCGGGGACGGGGCCAGCCCGAGGAAAUCAAACGGCCCCGACAUGAAUUAGGCAGCGGCCGCAGAGGGGAGGGCCCCCCUCCCCCUCCGUCGGUCCCCGCACGGCGCCCGGCGGCGGCAGCGCCGCCCCGCUCGGAGCGGCGGCUCGGGGCGCGCACGCACACACGGACCGGCGGCGGCCGGGCGGGCGGGGGGGCCGGCAGAUGAAGAUGGCAAUGUCUGUGAUCCAAGCGUGCCGCAGCCUGGCGCUCUCAACAUGGCUGCUGUCCUUUUGUUUCGUGCAUCUGCUGUGCCUGGACUUCACCGUGGCCGAGAAGGAGGAGUGGUACACGGCCUUCGUCAACAUCACCUACGCCGACCCGGCGGGCGGCGGCGCCGAGCUCCGCAGCGAGAAGAGCGAGUGCGGGCGCUACGGCGAGCAGUCGCCCAAGCAGGACGCCCGCGGGCAGGUGGCCCUGUCCGCCUCGCCCGCCGACCGCUUCGCCUGCGACCCCGGCACCCGCUUCAACGCCCCGGCGCCGGGCAAGAGCUGGGUGGCCCUGAUCCCGCGGGGAAACUGCACCUACAAGGACAAGAUCCGCCACGCCGCCGCCCAGAACGCCUCCGCCGUCGUCAUCUACAACGUGGGCUCCAGCAACGCCAACGAGACCAUCACCAUGCCCCACGCAGGUUUAGAAGAUGUUGUAGCAAUAAUGAUUCCUGAACCCAAAGGAAAAGAGAUAGUGAGCCUCCUGGAGAGGAACAUUACUGUGAUGAUGUACAUAACCAUCGGGACACGCAACCUGCAGAAGUACGUCAGCCGGACCUCUGUGGUGUUCGUCUCCAUCUCUUUCAUUGUGCUGAUGAUCAUCUCGCUGGCGUGGCUGGUCUUCUAUUACAUCCAGAGAUUCCGCUACGCAAAUGCCAGAGACAGAAAUCAGCGCCGGCUUGGAGAUGCUGCAAAGAAAGCAAUCAGCAAGCUGCAAGUCAGAACCAUCAGGAAGGGUGACAAGGAGACUGAGCCAGACUUUGAUAACUGUGCUGUUUGUAUUGAAGGCUACAAGCCCAAUGAUGUUGUCAGGAUAUUGCCUUGCAGGCAUCUUUUCCACAAGUCCUGUGUAGAUCCCUGGCUGCUAGACCAUCGUACCUGCCCGAUGUGUAAAAUGAAUAUUCUAAAAGCUCUAGGGAUUCCGCCAAAUGCAGAUUGCAUGGAUGAUAUACCUCCAGACUUGGAAGGAUCCAUAGGAGGACCACCAACCAACCAGAUAACAGGAGCCAGUGACAUAACAGUGAACGAGAGCUCUGUAGCCCUGGAUCCCCCAGCACGGACUGUGGGAGUGCUACAAGUCAUCCAAGACGUAGACUCCUUUCCCCAGGCUGGGGAGAGUAACUUCACAACAAGCAAUGAACAGGAGCCAGCGGUCAGCAGUGAUUCAGAUAUUUCAUUGAUUAUGGCAAUGGAGGUUGGACUGUCUGAUGUGGAGCUUUCCACUGAUCAAGACUGCGAAGAGGUGAAAUCUUGAAAAACAAACAGAGAUCCAACACCAAACUACAGGGGAGGGUCACAGGGAGGGACCGAAUCAGCUUUCUAGGAUUUGGACCAGUCAUGCACAUGCCUCCAGAGCACUGUCACUCCUGCACACUCCAUUCUGAGAUGGUCACGAAAAGCAAUAGCAACAGUUGUGUCUGCCUGGAUGCGGUUUCAUCAUCUACAUACCCUCGUUUGGUUCACACGGGAGAUGAACGCUUCCAGUUUGCCCACGUGCUUGAGAGAGGUCAUGGAACUCUUCAGUGGCUCGUAAAUACGCAACUGAAAUGACAGCUUGAGUGUUUUCUACACACUUGUUCAAUUGAGGUUUUGUUGGUUUUGUGUUGUUUUUUUGGUUUUUUUUGAAAGACGUAUGUUUUGUUUGUUUGUUUGUUUGUUUAUAGUUUGUUAUGGAUAGGCACUCUGUUUGUGUUGACUGACCCCAAGUUUUUCAAGAGUUCAAUCGAGAAAUCUGAAUUCCCAUUUGCAGGUCUCUUCAUAAUCUGACCAGGAUUUUAUUGCCUUGUUGUUUCUGCAUGAAGUACAUGUGGCUUCAGAAGGAUGGUGCACCUGCACCCUGCAUUAAUGUGAAGCCUGCUUUCAUGAAGUGGAAGGCUUGGAAAUGGUGUGUUCUGAAGGUCUUUAUUUGUAAGAGAGCUCUGAAUUAAGAGAGAUUGCUGAGAUUUGGGUUAAAA